AUGAGUAGUUCAACGUCUGUUAUGUCUCUCCUGAAUCCAUUGUUGCUGCUGUGGCAAUUUUUAUUCCUUCUUCCAGUUUUGGGAACAAUAUUUUUUCAUUCUGUAAGCCCUAAUGAUGUUAAGACUGAUAUGGCCUAUACAUGUGCUGCUGUGAACGUGAAACUCAACGAGUACAAAUUUGGGAACAAAUUUCAGCUCAAUGUUACACAGCUAACGAGAAGGAAUGUGCAUAUAUCUUUCAAAAGUGGUCCAACUUCAGAUCUAACACUUCGAAUUUUUGCAGUUUGGAGAAUAGACAGUUAA